AUGCAAGGUGCUAGCCAUAUCCUCCCCAAUCGCUUAUUUCUCUGCGUCGUCGCAGACCAACAUCAUGAAUAUUGCGACAAGUCGUUCCCAACAAUUGAGAAACACAAGUUAGUCAAUCCUUUCGGCCAAUGUGUUGCGGACAUUACUGACAGUAGCAUCAGUGAGCAUCUAAAAAGAUGCCAUUCUCUUGUCUAUUACUGUGGUGACUGUCUCUUUAAGUUCAAUACUUCAUUACCUGAGAAGAACCUUGGUCAUGCCAAAAAGGAACACGAAAAGGAGUGCAAGCGCAAACCUUCACCGGAGAACCUCGAGGCCAGGAAUGGCCAUUGGUUGAUGGACAGGGACCAAUAUCAUCGCUUCAAAGUUGUGGGAUGGAGAAAGACUCAUGUUUCCGACCAGAUAUUCAUCAAUGGCGAGAAGGAAUCUCUUUCGAAGAGAAGCUGGAGAAGGAUUCGCGAAACAAUUUUCCCCGGCUCUGAGAUCGAGCUAAACGCCGAACCUGCGACAUCUUACCAGACGACGGAAGAUGUUAUGGCCAUGGUAGAAAGGAGGACAUCGGCAAUCAUGCCGCAACUCACCGAUAUACCAGCACCCAGCACAGGUCUGAGGCAAAGGUCGAGGCUGGUGCCUAUCCCUCCUUCUACCACAGACAUGUCUCAACUGUCGACUCAAUUCUCAUGGGAGACCGAUUCUCUUACGGACCCUUCGUCGCACGUGUUUUCGCACUCAGGAGCUGAUGGACAUGAAGAAACUUAUGGUGCCGAAUAUGGAAACGCCACCGGUCCUGCGGACUCUCUCGCCUGGGUCUGGGAGGAGUAUCAGGGACAACAGUCCUCGGACUCUUUAAAUGGAGCUGGUGGGUGGCUACCUGAACUUCCACCUCAGGUUCUUAUGAGCAGCGACACUGGCGAUCCACAGCAAGCAUCGUAUCAAGAGUAA